CGAACCUUCAUGCAGCGCCAUGCCGAGCAGCAUCCGCUGUGAGAAGGUUCAAACACAUGUGGUACAAGCCAAUGGAGAGCCACACCCGGUGGUGGUAUACCAACUAGGCCAUUUCAGCUCGAGGCCGGCGAUUCAGGUGAGUCGUGGGCAAUGGAUGGUAGCGGUGCACUUUGGGGCGGUUCAAAGCUUGGACCAACACCUGACCACCACGGCGGAGCGGCUGAAGGUACCAGGUGCGACGCCUCUGUGGCACUUUGCGCCCUAUCGCAUCGGUGCAGACCAGCGAGCUGACGUCAUCGCGGAACGCUCCUUGGGACUCUGUAAGUACUUGGAGCAUGUGCUGAAGUUCACCGAAGUGCCAGCACCCAAAGACUUGGUGCAGAUCUUCGAUGACUUUGUCACCAGGUAUUGGGUGGGCAACCUCGAGCGUACCUUGAGGGCUGCCACAUCCAUCGCCGUCCGUACGCCACCGACACCCAGGACCGCCGGCAAACUGGCGAUGUCCCAGGUGUUAGGUCGUGUGAGACCUGGUCAGCAAAUGCAAGAUCCUCCCAUCGAAAUGCCCAGUCUGCGCGCCGCGAUGCAGAGGUUCAAGGCGCUACAGGCCGCAGGCACAAACCUGGCGAGCAGUGAAUUGCUCAGUGCUGCCCGACCACUGGGUGGAGCGGUGGCGACACAACCACAUGCCAAGCCUUUCAUCGAAGUGGUGCCAGCAUCCAAGGUGCCGCAAGACGCGUGUCCUUUGUGCAAACGGCACUUGAGGCAAAAGGAGACGGGCUGCAUCAGGCUUCGCUCCUGCGGGCAUGCCUUGCAUGGGGAGUGCUUUAACGCGUUGAUGAGCGCGUCCAACCGCUUCCCGGGAGUUCCCAGGACUGGCUGCCCCAAAUGCGGUGAAUGCUGGGCGGAUUGGGCGAAGCUGGAAAAUCAAAGCCACCAGACGACCUUGGCUGAGGGCGCCGUGUGCGCGAACGCUGAGCGUCAGAAGCUGUCCACGCUGUUGGGGUUGGGCAUGUCAUCCAGAGCUACCUGGGGACAGCAUGAAAGGUGAAGGAAUUGCCGUCACAUAGACCAAGGGUACCCCCCCAAAGGGUCCACCC